AUGGUCCUAAAUUUCUAUGUCUUCGAUUCCACACAUAUUAUGUCUAACUCUGAAGCCAGUGAUAGCAAAGCUCUUAGAUACAAGGGUCUCUCAGCAGUCGAUAAAAAGACAAUUGAGUUAAUAGAACUAAUCGAUAAAUAUGAAAAAUUGAUGAAUGAUAAUGUCAGAAAAAAGUUUAAAGAUGGGUUUAUGAAUUUAAGCAGAGCAAAUUUUAACAAUAGUACGUUUGGAAGAACUUUCGGUAUCGAUAAUUUUGAUCGAAGAUCUCAUGAAGCUUGUAAGCAUAUACUUAAUGAUAAUAAUAAGUACAGCUUAAUAGGUUCGAUCAAAGAAUCAAACGGUAAUAAUAUCACCGAAUCAACAGAUACUGAGACAGAAAAGCUGGACGUUAUACAACAAGAAAAGGUUCAAAAUUCCCUUGAUACAGUUGACAUCACAUCUCGAAAUUUGAGACACAGGAAGAAUAAAGUGGUCCGUAAUACAGAGAGAACUGACAAAAGUCAUAAAAAGGAUCCCUUAUAUCAGUUUGGGGGUCUAGUCCCUCACGAAUUGAAAUAUGCACAAGAGUUUUUCAGUGAUGGGUUGGAAGACCUUAUCAGCUCUCUUAAUGUACGAAUACAAAUCAUAAACCUUAUUGAUGAAUUAAAUGAGUUGAAAAAUAACUCUGAGGUAAUAUAG